AUGCAUUUAGCCAACCAGAUCAGCACUCUAGUGGCUGCUAAGUGCACCAGCAAGCUGCAGAUUACAGACAGUGACUUCAGCAAACAAUUCAAGUCACUUGUCAAAGGAAAGCUUCAGCAACUCAGGCAUGACUUUCAGCAGAAGUAUCAGCAAGAUGCUGCCUGGAAGGUUGGCAGUUUAGAGAUACUUGAGUCUGUGGUCUUUGCCCACGAGGAGAUGAGCAAGAAGAACCUUGAGGAUGAAUGGGUUCUUAAGGCAGCCAUCAGAAAUGGCAUCUUGGGCUACAUCCCUUCAGGAGGCAAGCUUCAGAAGGUCACUGAGUGCAGCUGGGCUCAAGCAGAAGGCUUUCAGAUGGGAACAAAGAUAAUCCCAUCAGAUUGGUUCAAGGACAGAUUCAGUUGGCUCAGUCCUGAUGGCAAGCCCAUUGAGCCAGACUGGUCUCUUUCAGACAGCGCCUCAGAGAUUGCAGACCUUCAGAGAUGGCACUACUACAGCAAAGAAGAUGAGCAAAAUGAUUCAGCAGAUGAGGGCCAACACCUUGAGCUGGUUGAGAUUGAAGGUGAACUUGAAGAGCAGCUUGAGCUCAGCAGGUACAACAUUUUGACAAUUUCAGGCAUUUUGAUGGUUUUACCUGAAGAGGUGGAGCUUAAGGUGCCUCAGAAGGUCAAGACCUUUCAGUGGCCUGCCUUCAGGCAGCUCAGUAGGGAGGAGAUGAGGCUCAUGCUUCAGCAGCUGUAUUGCCUUCCUGAGGAUGGCUUAGGUGAGGUUGACCUCUUAGCUGGGGUGCACAAGGACACAGUUCUGCUUGAGGAUCAGCACAUUCAGAUGGGCUGGUCCCUGUUGAGCUGGGCACUUCAGAAGUCAGGUGCAGCCAUACCUUCAGACCAGUUUGGAAUUGUGGAUUCAGCUUUGACCCGCAACAUUGCACUUCAGGUGCAUGUUGAGUACAAGCAGUUUUUGAUUCAGAAGCUGAAGAACCACCUUGAGCGCCAUUCAGUUCUUUGUGUGCCAAUCUUCAGUGAGAAUCCAAGCCAUUGGACUCUGCUGGUUGUGGACCAAAGAUUCAGCCCAGCCCAGUUGAGGUGGUAUGACAGCCUUCAGCAUCAGUCCCAGGAUGCAAUUCAGGCUGCAACCCUUGUGGCAGAGUGGCUUCAGCUGGCUGGGUUUGAGCCCUUGAGAGUGAAUUCAGCCUUCCAGGACAAUUCAGACUGUGGCUGGUGGGUCCUGAAUUACAUUGAGGUGGAGGCCAGGAAGUUGAGAGGUGAGACCAUAACCUUGUGGCCUGGCUCAAGGGUUCAGUACUGGAAGAGUCGCCUUAUCCAGGUUUCAGCAAGCCUUGCAAAGGAGCUUAGCAAGGUUCAGACCCAGCUGGGGAAUGACAUUAAGAAGAGGCAGGAUAAGGAGAAGAAGGCUCAGGCUGCUAAGGCAGCUGCUGAGGAGAAGCUGAGCAGCAUGAAGAACAAGGAGUCAGCAGCUGCAGCCAAAGCCAAGGAGCUCAUUGAGACCAAUUCCUUAAGGGUCACAUGGAAGGAUCUCACCCUUGAGGAGAAGCACCAAAUCAAGAGCCUUCUGGGGGCCCCUGAGGUUCAGGAGACCCAGCUUCAGGCAGACAUUGGUCGAGCUCCUUCAGAAGAGUCUUCUGGCAAGAGGAGGAAGCUUGAGAACAAGGAAGUUGAGAAUCAGGAGCAGGCCAUUUUGAGCCAUGCUGAGAGCUUUCAGAUGACCAUUGACAGCUACACUGAGGAGAAGGUUCAGCAGGAGAAGGAGUUGAAGGAAGUUCAGCAAGCCACAUUUCAGCAAUUGAGCGAGCGCACCGACCACCCAGUCCACAGGGACUAA